AUGGCCAAAAACAUUUGCCUGGUAACUACAGACCAAUUUCUGUUUUGCCAGCCUGGACUGUUUGCUGAUGAUACAAACCUAACAGCUGCGGGAGAGUCUAUAAAUGAUGUUGAAGCUGCAAUGAAUUCUGAUUUAGAAAACCUUAGGAAAUGGUUAAUUGCCAAUAAACCGCUAAGUUUAAAUGUGGCCAAAACUGAAUUUAUAUUAAUUGGAUCUAAACCAAUGAUAAAAAGUGUCUCAAAUAAACAAGCAAACAUUAUCAUAGAAAACAAACCAAUUGAACAAGUAUAUGAUUGCAAAACUCUUGAAGUGACUGUUGACCAGUAUUUGUCUUGGAAGAAUAAUACUGAAAACAUUUGCAAGAAAAUAACAUCCGGGAUAUCAGCUCUUCGUCAAAUAAAAGAAUUUGUUGAGAAAGAUACACUUGUCUCUGUGUAUAAUUCUAUUGUUCGCCCAUACUUUACAUAUUGCUGUGAAGUAUGGGAUGUGUUUG